GGGGACGCGGGCCCGCGCUGGUGGCACGGGGGGGCGGCGGCGCUAGCGGUGGCUGCUCCGCGUCCUGCCGCCCCGGGGAAGCGCUGCCUGCCGGCGGUCGAAGGCCAAGAUGGAUCCCAACAGGAUCAUCCAGGCGCUGAAGGGCACCAUAGACCCCAAGCUGCGCGUCGCCGCUGAGAACGAGCUCAACCAGUCCUAUAAGAUCAUCAACUUUGCUCCAAGUCUCCUGCAAAUCAUAGUAUCCGAUCAAGUUGAAUUUCCAGUGCGUCAAGCAGCUGCCAUUUACCUGAAGAACAUGGUGACACAGUACUGGCCGGACCGUGAGCCACCUCCUGGAGAAGCAGUUUUUCCGUUUAAUAUUCAUGAAAAUGAUCGUCAGCAGAUUCGGGAUAACAUUGUAGAAGGAAUAAUUCGUUCUCCUGACUUAGUGAGAGCCCAGCUGACAAUGUGCCUCCGUGCUAUCAUAAAACAUGACUUCCCUGGCCAUUGGACAGCUGUGGUAGACAAGAUAGGAUACUACCUGCAGUCUCCAAACAGUGGGAGCUGGCUUGGGAGCCUCCUGUGUCUCUAUCAGCUGGUGAAGACUUAUGAGUACAAAAAGGCAGAGGAGCGAGAUCCUCUCAUAGCAGCCAUGCAAAUAUUUCUGCCUCGAAUUCAGCAGCAGAUGAUUCAGCUUCUGCCUGAUAACUCCCAUUACUCUGUACUGCUUCAGAAACAAAUCUUAAAAAUCUUCUAUGCUCUUGUUCAGUAUGCAUUGCCCCUCCAGUUGGUGAAUAACCAGACUAUGACUCAGUGGAUGGAGAUCUUCCGGACCAUCAUUGAUAGAAAUGUACCACUGGAGACUUUGCAAAUUGAUGAAGAUGAUAGACCGGAGCUGGUGUGGUGGAAGUGCAAGAAAUGGGCAUUGCAUAUUGUAGCUCGUCUCUUUGAACGAUAUGGAAGUCCUGGAAAUGUUACUAAAGAAUACUUUGAAUUCUCAGACUUCUUCUUAAAAACCUAUGCUGUGGGCAUACAACAGGUUCUCUUAAGAAUCUUAGACCAGUACAGGCAAAAGGACUAUGUUGCGCCACGUGUUCUUCAGCAAACUUUGAAUUAUUUGAACCAAGGGGUGAUUCACUCUAUAACAUGGAAGCAAAUGAAGCCACACAUACAGACUAUCACAGAAGAGGUGAUAUUCUCUCUAAUGUGCUACAAAGAUGAGGAUGAGGAGCUCUGGCAAGAGGAUCCAUACGAAUAUAUCCGCAUGAAAUUUGAUGUAUUUGAGGACUAUGCAUCCACCACAACAGCAGCACAGAAUCUCCUUUACACUGCUGCAAAGAAGAGGAAAGAGGUAUUACCAAAAAUGAUGGCAUAUUGCUACCAGAUUCUGACAGAGCCAAACAUUGAUCCAAGGAAAAAAGAUGGAGCUUUGCAUGUUAUAGGAUCCCUAGCAGAUAUUUUACUGAAGAAGAGUGUUUUCAAGGAUCAAAUGGAGCUGAUGUUACAGAAUCAUGUGUUUCCCUUGUUCAUGUCUAACCUGGGAUACCUCAGAGCUCGAUCCUGUUGGGUACUUCAUUCAUUCAGUGCUUUGAAAUUUCACAAUGAGCUAAACUUGAGGAAUGCAGUAGAGCUGGCAAAGAAGAGCCUGAUUGAUGAUAAGGAGAUGCCUGUCAAAGUAGAAGCAGCCAUAGCCCUUCAGACCUUAAUAAGCAACCAAGAGCAAGCCAAGGAAUAUGUGAAGCCUUAUGUAAGGCCAGUGAUGCAGGAGCUCCUGCACAUCGUCAGAGAGACAGAAAACGAUGAUCUCACGAAUGUAAUCCAGAAGAUGAUCUAUGAGUACAGCCAGGAAGUCGCUACUAUUGCUGUGGACAUGACUCAACACCUGGCUGAAAUAUUUGGUAAAGUACUUCAGAGUGAGGAAUAUGAGGAAGUAGAGGACAAAACAGUUAUGGCCAUGGGCAUCUUGCACACAAUUGACACAAUCCUGACAGUUGUGGAAGAUCACAAGGAGAUCACUCAACAGCUCGAGAGCAUUUGUUUACAGAUCAUUGGCCUUGUUUUGCAGAAACACGUUAUAGAGUUUUAUGAAGAAAUUCUGUCCUUAGCCUUCAGCUUAACAUGCCAGAUGAUUUCACCUCAGAUGUGGCAGCUUUUAGGUGUUCUGUAUGAGGUUUUCCAGCAGGAUUGCUUUGAAUACUUUGCAGAUAUGAUGCCUCUCUUGCAUAAUUAUGUGACCAUUGACACUGAUACUUUACUGUCUAACCCAAAGCAUUUAGAAAUCAUUUACUCUAUGUGUAAAAAGGUACUGACAGGAGAUGCAGGAGAAGAUGCGGAGUGCCAUGCAGCCAAACUCCUAGAAGUGAUUGUCCUUCAGUGCAAAGGACGGGGUAUUGACCAGUGUAUUCCCCUCUUUGUGGAGGCUGUUCUGGAGCGCUUGACUCGAGGAGUUAAAACAAGUGAACUUCGUACCAUGUGUCUUCAAGUUGCCAUAGCUGCACUCUACUACAAUCCUGACCUCCUUUUGCACACCUUGGAGAACAUCAGAUUUCCACACAAUCCUGAGCCCAUCACUGCACAGUUCAUAAACCAGUGGAUGAAUGACACAGACUGUUUUUUUGGACUCCAUGACAGAAAGAUGUGUAUAAUAGGACUAAGCAUCCUAAUGGAAUUGCAGAACCGACCACCUGCAGUGGAUGCUGUGGCUGCCCAGAUUGUUCCUUCAAUCCUCCUCCUCUUCUUGGGCUUAAAACAAGUUUGCGCCUCACGAGAGCUCACAGAACAUGAGGAUCAUGCUAAAGAUGAAAAACACUUUACAGAAGAUAAUGAAGAGAUACCUAGCGAUGAGGAUGAAACAAAUGAAGUGAGCCAGGCAAUGCAAGAGAACCAUGGUGGAGGAGGAGGUGGCAGUGCUGGAGGUGGAGAGGAAGAAGAUGAAGAUGAUGAUGAUGAUGACUGGGAUGAAGAUGCAUUGGAAGAGACUGCUCUUGAAGGGUUCAGCACACCUCUUGACCUUGAAAAUGGUGUUGAUGAAUACCAAUUUUUUACACAAGCACUUCUAACGGUGCAGAGCCGGGAUGCAGCCUGGUACCAUUCCCUGACUGCACCGUUGAGUGAGGAUCAGAAGAAACAGCUGCAGGAGAUUUAUACAUUAGCAGAGCACCGGAGAACUGCUGCAGGAAGCGUGAGCAGGAUAUCAUGAUUACAUUAUUCCUUGCCUGGAAGUGUGUGUUAUUCAGAAGACUAAGACAAUAGAACAACAAAGUGGCUACACAUUUGACAACAAAGGACUGAUCACAGCAUUUAAUUUUGCUGGAAAUACUCCCGGUGGCAACUGAAGGAUCAGCUACAAAGGUCAAUGGGAAGGGUCUCAUCAUUACAUUUUCUUGAAAUCAUCGUGACUUCUGAGUGAUAGGGGAGGGUAAUUUAAUGCUGCUGAAGGUUUUCUGGAAAAUAGCGGUGUGCUUCCCCCACCAGAAUGCUCUUUCUAACCAGCUACUGUAAUGUACAAAUUCUUGUGGUGUUUUUAGAAUUUGAUGGACUGAAAGGAAACUUUUGUCCUCAAGGAACCUGGAUGACCGGGAGGGGCCAGGCUGCAUCUAAUUGAGUUGCACUUCUCAGGUUUUUGCUGUGCAGAAUUGAUAGAUUCAUAUGGAUAACAGUGCCUUCUGUUGUACAUGGAUUGCCUGAACAAAUGGAUUUUGGAGUGCAUUAUAAUUUUUUAAGUGUAAGGACAUUUCUUGAUACACUGUAAGCCUUGGUUCCAUGUUUUCCAAUCACCUGCUUUUUACUGCUCAGUUUAAUGGUUUGUUGGUUGCAUACAAAUUGCUGGGUUCAGAAUAUUAGCACACCUUCCCUAUUUGGUGCAGACCAAAUGUGUAGAGGGAGGUGUCUGUUGGACUUACAAAGCAUACACUGCUUAUGUCAAAGGGUCUUAACAAAAUGGCAGAUUUUCCCUUGAUGCAGUAGUCUUAAAUUAUUUCUCUUAGCCAUGAAUUCAACUCAAGUGAGUUGCAAUGGCUUGCCUGGCAGGUGGCUACUCUAAAUCUACAUCAGUGUUAGCACUUGCCUGGACAAGUGGUGUGGCCCUCUUAUGUAGAAUGUUCUAUGUGACAACUUAUUUCUGCUAUUAUUGAUGAAUAUUGGAUUAUACGUGGGAUAAUCUCUUCUGGUUUUAUUAAUUCAUUACCAUUCCAGUGGUAGAACUGAAUAAUGUGGUACAAAAUAUUUCCAAUAUUUUAUUUAUUUUGGUAGAAGAAGAACAGCUUCAAACUUACUUCUUACUGUUACACUCUCUGAUUGUAUUUCUGGUCUGCAUUGCAGUUGGUUAUUCUUGUUCCAUGCUGAAAUUUCUUUACCUGACAGAUUUUUUUCCUAAAUUUUGAAGACUGGUUUUACCAGUGGAGGUUUAGAUUAGAUAUUAGGAAAAAUUUCCUAACGGGAAGGGUGGUCACACAUUGGGACAGGUUGCCCAGGGAAGUGGGGAAGAAUCAACAUCCCUGGAAAGUGUUUAAACAACACACAGAUGUGGCACUUAGGGACAGGGUUUAGCAUUGAGCACAGGGUUAACAGUUGUACUUGAUGAUCUUAGAGGUCUUUUCCAACCUAAAGGGUUCUAUAGAACAAGGUAUUUGUGGAGAAGUUCAUUUAGAGAGGAAGUGAUAGCAGUACUAAUUUGAAUAGGUGCCCUUCCUUUAGGUCUACUGGGAUUGCAGUGGUGUAGCAAAAAGUGGAAGGGGUGCUUUAGAAUGUGAACUUUGGAUUGAGAUAAAAUGUUUAGACCAGAUUUUGUCUCUAUGUGUUAAUUUCUUUAUGAUUUAAAAAUAUUCACCAAUCAAUUUUAAACACAUACUAAUAAUCUAUUUCUUUACAGCAGUGUCCCAAAUAAAAAGUCAAAGCCUUUCCCAUACCCCAUCAAAUUUUCCACAGCUACGGUAAAUUACAGACUGCUCACCCUGUGCAGUGCUGAAGCUUACAUUUUGUCAUUCUGGUUGUGUCUGAUAAAUCUGAAGCACUCUGUGCCUUGGUUUCUGGAAAAGGCAAGAGGAUCUCUGCCUGUUCUUUCUGGAAUUUUCCUAGCCUGACAGCUAUGGGGCAGAAUGUUCCCUACGCUUUCCUGUUUCCUGUACCUUUGUGUCAGACUCUAAGGCUGUUUCACUGCUGCUGCUCCUUCUUUCUUUUUUUUGCCUUCCUCUCCCAAGCAGCUACAGAGUAAAGCUGGCCUGGUUCACUGGUUAGGUUUUUCACUAAUGCUUAGUUAAUAGCAACAGUGAAAAUGUCUCGUUUGCAGGCCUGUUGUACAUGUGGAAAAUUGUGAGAUUUCCAGGGUCCGUAUUUCCAGAAAGGUACAGUCUGUUGAGCUGCAUUGGACAGGCUCUUUAAGGUCAAGGAGCAGAGGGCCAGGAUAUCCUUUAUUUUAAAUGUCUGGUUAUGAAAAUUACAGAUUGCUUGCUAAUUUAGGCAUGGGGGUGUAUUGACUGAGAGAGUAAGUAGGAAAGCAAUACAUCCAGUUUGUUGGGGAAUUUAUCAGAAACCACAGAAGUUUUUAAAUCAUUCACAAAUUAAAGAAACAUUUUUUGGAAGUUAAGGGCACUUCCAACUUCUCUCUUACCUGUCAAUUGAAGUUAUGUAUUAGGCAGGUAAACUGUUUAAACCCUUUAUUACUUUAUUAAAAGAAAAAAGAUUUUCAAGCUGGGUUUCUUUCAAAGUCCAUUUGCCUUCUCUAUACUGGCAUGCAGAGUAGAAGAUGAAUUUAUUUUUCUUCUGCUAAUGAGGUUGCUUGCACAGUCACAGGUAAUAUUUAGGAGUUGAUGUGUUCAAGGUAAAAUCUGCUUUUGCAUAGCAUCAUCUUGGUGUCACUCAGCUGAACUAUAGCUGCUCCCUAGUUCUGCUUCUUGUAUACUUUUCAAAUCAGCUGUCAGGAAAAUUUCAUCCAGAUGUUUCAUACAAGAGUUUAAUCAGCAGUGUGGAGUCGGGAAUCUUUGUUGUCUAUUUCGCAGUAGGGUCAGAGAUGUCUGAGGGAAUGGCAUGUAAAAAGGUUAAAUGCCUUUCCCUUCCCAGAAGAUUCAUGAGCAAAUGUUUCUACUGGCAAAAGCAAAUGUUAAUUUUUUAUUCCUUUUUUUUGAAAAGGGUUUCCAUCCAAAAAGAUUUAUUGGGCUCUGGCCUCCACUUUAACAUAUGGUUCUCUUUUAACAUGAUAAAUACCCAUUUGUACAUGAUCAUGAGUAGGUAAUGGAUUUUAGGUGUUUCUUUCUGAGCUGUGUCCAGCUUUGUACUACAUUAAAGGGAGAGUAACACAAAUGUGCAUUUAUUGUCUCACUUUGAAGAGGUAAUCGUGGAAUAUCAGAUACCAGCACUGCCAACCAAGCAUGAUGUAUUUGCUAUUGGAAUGACAGAAUCAUGAAUGUAUUGCAAAAUAAAACAAAGGCUGAUAACUGGUGAGUUAUGUUGCCCCCUGCCCAUGUUCCCAAAGUGUAAAGAUGAUCUGUGUGGGCACCACAGUGGCUUUACAUAGGAAAUUAGUGUUAUGGAGGUUAUAAUCAUAGCAAAUGUGAACUUACAUAAGCUGCUUUUCCAGAUAAAAUUAACUGAUCCUGGGUGUUGAACUGCAUAUGCUGUUUUGUCACUUGUAAAAGGAAAAUAAGAAUCACCAAGUGUUUUGGCUGCCUC